AGCUCCUCUGAAAGUAACUCCUCCGGAGUUUACGCCGUGCGGUGCGGUGUGCUGUGGCUGCCUGGUCCUGGAGCCGUUAUGGGCAAAAGAGACCGAGUAGACCGCGACAAGAAGAAGUCCAAAAAGAGGCAGUAUGAGGAGGAAGAGGAAGACGAAGACGACACGCCUGGGAACGACUCUCAGGAGGCGGUGCCCUCGGCCGCUGGGAAACAGGUGGACGAGUCCGGCACCAAAGUGGAUGAGUAUGGAGCCAAGGACUACAGGCAGCAGAUGCCGCUAAAGGGCGACCAUUCUUCCAGGCCCCUCUGGGUGGCUCCUGAUGGCCACAUUUUUUUGGAAGCCUUCUCUCCAGUUUACAAAUAUGCCCAGGACUUCCUGGUGGCAAUCGCAGAGCCAGUAUGCCGGCCCACGCAUGUACAUGAGUACAAGCUAACUGCCUACUCCCUCUAUGCAGCUGUCAGUGUUGGGCUGCAAACCAGUGACAUCACUGAGUACCUCAGGAAGCUCAGUAAGACUGGGGUCCCUGAUGGAAUUAUCCAGUUUAUUAAGCUGUGCACUGUCAGCUAUGGGAAAGUCAAGCUGGUCCUGAAGCACAACAGGUACUUCGUUGAAAGUUCCCACCCUGAUGUCAUCCAGCAUCUUCUUCAAGACACUGUGAUCCGAGAAUGUCGCUUGAGGAAUGCUGAGGGCGAGGCCACGGAACUCAUCACAGAGACAUUCACAAGCAAAUCUGCUAUUUCUAAGACAGCUGAAGGCAGUGGCGGCGGGCCUUCUACCUCCCAAGUGGCAGAUCCACAGGCCAAAUCUGACAUCCCCAAAGAUCUGUUUGAUUUCUAUGAGCAAAUGGACAAGGAUGAGGAAGAGGAAGAAGAGACACAGACAGUAUCCUUUGAAGUUAAGCAGGAAAUGAUCGAGGAGCUUCAGAAGCGCUGCAUCUACUUAGAGUACCCUCUGUUGGCAGAGUAUGACUUCCGGAAUGAUUCUCUCAACCCCGACAUCAACAUUGACCUGAAGCCCACAGCUGUUCUCAGACCCUAUCAGGAGAAGAGCCUGCGGAAGAUGUUUGGGAAUGGACGAGCACGCUCUGGAGUCAUUGUUCUUCCCUGUGGUGCUGGCAAGUCCCUGGUUGGUGUGACUGCUGCAUGUACUGUCAGGAAGCGCUGUCUGGUCCUGGGCAACUCAGCUGUGUCUGUGGAGCAAUGGAAAGCCCAGUUUAAGAUGUGGUCAACCAUUGAUGACAGCCAGAUCUGCCGCUUCACCUCAGAUGCCAAGGACAAGCCCAUUGGCUGCUCGAUUGCCAUUAGCACUUACUCUAUGCUGGGCCACACCACCAAAAGGUCCUGGGAGGCAGAGAGAGUGAUGGAAUGGCUCAAAACCCAGGAGUGGGGCCUCAUGAUCCUCGACGAGGUGCACACCAUUCCAGCCAAGAUGUUCCGGCGGGUGCUGACCAUUGUGCAGGCCCACUGUAAGCUGGGUUUGACUGCGACCCUUGUUCGGGAAGAUGACAAAAUUGUUGACUUAAAUUUCCUGAUUGGGCCCAAGCUUUAUGAAGCCAACUGGAUGGAACUGCAGAACAAUGGGUACAUCGCCAAAGUCCAGUGUGCCGAGGUUUGGUGUCCGAUGUCUCCUGAGUUCUACCGGGAGUAUGUGGCAAUCAAAACAAAGAAACGAAUCCUGCUGUACACCAUGAAUCCCAACAAAUUCAGAGCCUGCCAGUUUCUGAUCAAGUUCCACGAACGGAGGAAUGACAAAAUUAUUGUCUUUGCUGACAACGUAUUUGCCUUGAAGGAAUAUGCCAUUCGGCUGAACAAACCUUACAUCUACGGGCCCACAUCUCAGGGAGAAAGAAUGCAGAUCCUCCAGAACUUCAAGCACAACCCCAAAAUCAACACCAUCUUCAUCUCCAAGGUCGGUGAUACAUCCUUCGAUCUGCCAGAAGCAAAUGUCCUCAUUCAGAUCUCCUCCCAUGGUGGCUCCAGACGGCAGGAAGCCCAGAGACUGGGGCGGGUACUCCGCGCGAAAAAAGGGAUGGUCGCAGAGGAGUACAAUGCCUUUUUCUACUCUCUGGUGUCCCAGGACACACAGGAAAUGGCUUAUUCUACCAAGCGACAGAGAUUUUUAGUGGAUCAAGGUUACAGCUUUAAGGUGAUCACAAAGCUAGCUGGCAUGGAGGAGGAAGAGCUGGCAUUCUCCACCAAAGAGGAGCAGCAGCAGCUCCUGCAGAAGGUCCUGGCAGCCACUGAUCUGGAUGCAGAGGAAGAGGUGGUGGCUGGGGAGUUUGGCUCCAGAUCCAGCCAGGCAUCCCGACGCUUCGGCACCAUGAGUUCUAUGUCUGGGGCAGAUGACACUGUGUAUAUGGAAUACCACUCCUCCCGAAGCAAGGCUUCCACCAAGCACGUGCACCCGCUUUUCAAACGCUUUAGGAAGUGACGCCCACCAUGUUACUCGUUGAAGUGGAUCAAGGGUUGAAGGAAAGAGGCUUCUCAGUGUCAUAGCUCCUCUCCAAGUCUCUGUACUUUGCUAGGGUUGAUCUAAAUGCAAUACCUGUCGCCUGACUGUGCUGAAAAACAGUCAGCAUUAGGGUUCGACUCUGCUGUCAUGGGGUGCCUAGGCUUUAAAGAGGAAAGAAAGACUGUUUGUAUGUGUGUUUGUUUGUUUCAAACUUGCUGAGAGUGGAUCAUUUCUGUAUAUAAAGAGUGUACCACUUAAG